GAAGACAUCCAUUUGACGGGACUGUGUUUGUUUGUGAAGUUGUACUACAACAUGGCUACCUGCAAUUCUUGUCACAAGGAGUUUAUGGUCGAACUUUUUUUGAAAAGAAAGAGCUCAUUUAUCUAUCUUUUUUGUCUGAAUCUUUUACAAUAAUUAUUAAAAUUAAUCCGACCCUGCAUGCUGUCGGACCUGGGGAGGAAGUCGGAGUAUUUGCCGAAAUCUGCGCACACGUGGGGAGACUUCCGGAAACCAUCAUGGAUUUAACAGUGAAAACACUGAACCGGGGCUGAAACUGAAAGAGCGUACGACUGGUAGAAAGGAGAGCAGUCUGUUGCUCUCCUCCUUUCGCACAGUUUCCUGUUUAAGGAGGCCAUCUUGACUGCUUCUUUGGACAGAGGUGGAGGGAAACAGAAGAAGGUGUGGGAAGUAGAAGCAGCAGGAGGGAGUUUUCCCCUCAGCGUGUACGUCUCUCAUGGGUCUCUCACACACUCCGCUCAUGCUUGUCAUGCCUGGACAAUGAAAGAAGUUUGACAGUGAAAAAGAGACUCGAACAGAAGAGGGGAAACCUGCGCUUCCUGGAUAAGGACUUCUUUCUUGAUCCACUUGGACAGGAGGACACAGGACACACGGGAACCAGGACUGGACUCAGGGUAUCUGGGACAGCUUGAAUGAGUUUGUGCUUCCUGGCAACUCUACACUGCACCUGGGUGUGUGUUUGUUAGUCUGUAUGUUGAGAGCCUUUGGCAACCACAACACGGGACUCUGAAUGGCUAACGCAAGCCCAUGUAUGUCCACGGGGGCCAUGACCCAGGUCUUUUUUCCUCCUGGGGGCUCCUCACCGCCAGGAUCAUCUAUGAUGCAGCCCAACCCUGUAUCCAUGCCCCCAGUGCCCACGCAGGGUGGAUUUCCUGUGAUGGAGGUGGCAGCGGCUCAGGCUCCCGGUGCGGUAGUGAUACCUUCACUGCCCCCUGCUCCAGCCGGAGUGUCCUUCAUCAUCCAGAUUGGGCUGACCAGAGAGUCCGUGCUGAUGCCCCAGUGUGCCGACCUGGCCUACGUCAAACAGAUCGCCUGCUCCAUUGUUGACACCAAGUUUCCAGAGUGUGGCUUCUACGGAAUUUAUGACAAGAUUCUUCUGUUCAAGCAUGACACGUCCACCAGCAACAUCCUGCAGCUGGUCAAGGCUGCCAGUGAUAUUCAGGAGGGAGAUCUGGUGGAGGUGGUGCUGUCUGCUGCUGCCACAUUUGAAGAUUUCCAGAUUAGGCCUCAUGCACUUAACGUGCACUCAUACCGCGCCCCGGCGUUCUGUGAUCACUGUGGAGAGAUGCUGUUUGGACUGGUCAGACAGGGCCUGAAGUGUGAUGGAUGUGGGCUGAACUACCACAAGCGCUGUGCAUUCAGCAUCCCCAACAACUGCAGCGGAGCUCGUAAACGCCGCCUGUCCACCACCUCCCUCAGCAGCAGCCAGUCCCUGCGCCUCUCCACCACCGAGUCCGUGUACAGCGUGGGCACGACCUCCACCUGCGCGGAGGAGACUGUUCUCAUCCGCUCACACACACAAAUGCCACGUACCCCCAGUGACGCCCGGCGCUUCUACACAUGCCGACCGGUCCAUCUGGACAAAAUCCUGAUGACCAAGGUAAAGGUUCCUCACACGUUUGCCAUCCACUCGUACACACGACCGACGGUGUGUCAGUACUGCAAGCGGCUGCUGCGAGGCCUGUUCAGGCAGGGCUUACAGUGCAAAGACUGCAAGUUCAACUGCCACAAACGCUGUGCGUACAAGGUUCCCAACGACUGUCUAGGAGAAACUAUUGGAGAAAACAGAAAUAACUGUGACAUGUUGAGUCCCAGUGUGGACCCUGAAGUGCCCAUGGACUACACCAGUGAGUACGACAGCUCCGACAAGUCCUCGAUGGACGACUCGGACGAGGCCUGCAGCAUCCCAGGAUCCUUCUCUCCUGAGAACAACCAGGAUGGAACCAGUGGAGAUCAGAAUGUUUACAUCCCACUGAUGAGGGUGGUGCAGUCUGUCAGACAGACGACCCGUCGCUCCAGCACAGCCAUUAAGGAAGGAUGGAUGGUUCACUACAGCAACAAGGACACACUGAGGAAAAGGCACUACUGGCGUCUGGACUGUAAGUGCAUCAUCCUCCUGCAGAACAACACCUCCAACAAAUACUACAAGGAGAUCCCUCUCUCUGAGAUUCUGGAGGUGCGUCCUGCUGGGAACUUCUCCCUCGUCCCUGCGGGCACAAACCCCCACUGCUUCGAGAUCAUCACGGGCACCAUGUGCUACUUUGUAGGAGAGGACGCCAACAAGGUCCUCCCUCAACACCCCACCAGCCCCCAGACUCCCCCCCAGGCCCCUCCCUCACCAAGCCAAGUUGCUCCUAAUAGCGGCAUUGGACACGAGGUGGCCAAAGCGUGGGAGAGCGCCAUCCGUCAGGCCCUCAUGCCCGUCAUCUUCCAAGACGCACCGCCCCCGGAGGGGAACACGCCUCAUAGACAGGCCUCUGUCAGCAUAUCAGUGUCCAACAGUCAGAUCCAGGAGAAUGUGGACAUUGGGACGGUGUAUCAGAUUUUUGCUGAUGAAGUGCUGGGAUCUGGACAGUUUGGAAUCGUUUAUGGAGGCAAACACAGAAAGUCAGGAAGGGAUGUAGCGGUCAAAGUCAUCGACAAGCUUCGAUUUCCCACCAAGCAGGAGAGUCAGCUGAGGAAUGAGGUGGCCAUACUGCAGAGUCUACGGCACCUGGGCAUCGUCAACCUGGAGUGCAUGUUUGAGACCCCCGAGAAAGUGUUUGUUGUGAUGGAGAAGCUUCAUGGAGACAUGCUGGAGAUGAUCCUCUCCAGUGAGAAGGGCAGGCUGCCUGAGAGGCUGACCAAGUUCCUCAUCACACAGAUUCUUGCAGCUCUCAGACAUUUGCAUUUUAAAAACAUCGUUCACUGUGACCUGAAACCAGAGAACGUACUGCUCGCUUCGGCUGAUCCCUUUCCUCAGGUGAAGUUGUGUGACUUUGGAUUUGCCCGUAUCAUCGGCGAAAAAUCGUUCCGUCGCUCCGUCGUCGGCACCCCGGCCUAUUUGGCCCCUGAGGUUCUCCUGAACCAGGGCUAUAACCGCUCCCUGGACAUGUGGUCUGUCGGGGUCAUUAUGUACGUCAGCCUGAGCGGGACAUUUCCAUUUAAUGAGGAUGAAGAGAUCAAGGACCAGAUCCACAAUGCAGCCUUCAUGUACCCCCCCAACCCCUGGAAACAGAUCUCCAGUGAUGCUAUCGACUUGAUCAACAACCUGCUGCAGGUGAAGAUGAGAAAACGCUACAGUGUGGACAAGAGUCUCAGUCAUGUAUAUUUACAGGAUUAUCAGACCUGGCUGGAUCUCCGGGAACUGGAGACUAAACUGGGCGGACGUUACAUCACCCACGAGAGCGAUGACAGCCGCUGGCAAAUGUUUGCCCAGGAACACACUCUGCCAUACCCCGCUCACCUCGUGCCCCCUCCUCCUGCUCCGGGUUCUGACGAUGAAGGCGGAGAGGAUGCAGAUGUGCAAGGUCUCACCGAGAGAGUCAGCAUCCUCUGACCGGAGACACAGGUGACGUCAGGACAUUUAUGAAAGUGGCACGAGGAGUCGUUGGUAGAACACAGAACUCUGUGUCACAGCAUUAAAUCCAGUCCACACUAUCUCCGCCCACAUCUGACACUUCUCACCAUUCACCCCUGCCCUGACUGGAUGUCUGUCAAGGUUUGAAUUGUUGGGACUUUCAAAUUUAAAGCCUGCUCAUCUCAUUAAUAAUUAUCAUCAUCAGAAAAUCUUAUCAGAGAUAAAGUCAGAGGUCAACAGGAAAAAUCAACCACAAACUACAUCUUUCUGAUGUGUAUUUAGAGACGUAACGCAUGCGUUCAUAUUACUGGAUUACACCUACUGAGGUUACACUUCCUCCUAAGUCUUUAGCAGAAGCCGUUUCCACCUCUUUUCGGUGAUAGCUCUGCCUAUUGACACGGUGCUUCCUCCGUGCUGGUAAUUGCUAAUGUAGUGUCACGGAGUCAAACCCACUUGUUUUGUUCAAAACACAUUACCAUAAAAUUCACAUCCUGAAGUGUAUUGAUCCCACUGUGAUUUUCACCAGCAGAGCUUUGAAACCUCAAAUGACUCAAAAAAUGUUUACUGUAAAGUGAAACAAUUGAACCAAACCGAAGCAUCAAGGGCUUUCAUUUAAUACUCGACGUCAGGAACGAACGGCUUCUGACCGUCGUGUGAAACAUUAUCACACACACACACACACACACAGCAUUGUGAGCAACAUUGGAUGUUAAAGGUUACUCUUUAUCCUCUCACCUCUGAAGUCAAAAUUAUGGUUUGCCUUUCUAAAAUAUUUCACACAUUUUAAUGGUAAAAAGAAUGAUGGAUUUGGAAGAGUUUUCUUUUUUUAAUCUUGGCUAGCAUGUCUCGUUGCAUGAUGUAGAAAAUAUGAGCUAGAAUCCAAAUCCUACUGUAGUUAUGAUGGUCAACUAAGCACAUGUAACCUGAACUUUAUGUAGUUAUAAAAUAACGUGUAGACAUGUCUUAAAGGAUGAUCCUUGCCUUUGUAACAUCAUCAAUACAAAUCUUGAACAAUA